AGCCUGGGUCACCAGCCAUUUCCCCUGGCAGUGCUGAAGAACAGCAUGGGCACCGGAGUACUGGUCUCAGGCGCAGGCCACCCAACAGAUGAAAGGAGUGGCCUUUGUAAAGUGGCACCCUGCAGUAGCAUCUCAAGCGCUCGGCAAAGCUUUGUGGGGGCUAUCUCGCAGGAUGUUGGCGCCAUGCUGGUGCUCGAACUCCUUGGAGGUCCACAGCCCGUUGCAGCUCUCGCAUGCACCUGCCGGGAGCUCUUGCAACAGCUGCGCGAUCCAAGGACUGGCCAGCUUCGCGUGUCGACCGCUAGCUUGAGGGCGUCCAGCCCUGCGCUGCUGGCGUUCGCCCAGCGGCUAUGUUUGGGCCAAUUGCGGAGCCUCAGACUCGACGUCUUCAAAGAGAGCGGACAUCUGCCGGAGAGGUUGGUGAACCAACUUUUGAGCAGCCUCGGAGAUGCCUUGGCAGCUGCUAAGCGCGGUAUGAUUUCUCUUCCAUUGGAGGACUUGUCCAUCCGCCUAGCCUUUUUCUCCGACAACAUCCAGCCGUUGAGGCCCAGCAGCAACGCCCAUGCAGCGCUGCUGCGGGGCUUGGCACAACUUCGGCUGCGGCGGCUGGAGCUUAGUUUUCUUCCGCUCAGCCGCAAGGUGAUCGAACAAGAGGUCACAGAGACAAAGCAGACCUUCCUCUCGGUUCUACGCGGCCUCGAUCGUCUUCAAGAACUGCUGCUGACUCACAAUGGCAUGCAUGGAGAAGUCGCAUUGCAACUGGUAGAGGCGCUGCGUCAUCUUCCACAUCUACAGAGCUUUGAUGUUUCCAGGAAUCGAAUCGCUUACCAGGAUUUCAAUGACAUGGCCAGAAUUCUUGGAGGUUCUGUGAAGCUCACAGGGCUUGACUCGCAGACAUACCUCGUAUGAGUUCGUUCGCCUCGUUUUUUGAGUGACCGGUCGCUGGAGCAAACUAAACAUGUCAGCGAUUGUCAGCGUGUGGCGCAGAAAAGUUCCAGUUGCCUGCUGGUGCAAGUAAUGGUUUUCCAUCAUUGGUUUCCUGCUUGUUCCGCCGUUUGUUGUUGAAACUUGGUUUGGUGUUUCGAUGCCGGCCCCGAGUGCCCAGAGGCAACCAACAAUCGAAAGUUGGAGGUUGCGCUGAGGUGGGCCACUGGAGAAUGGCUCGGUCAAAAUGGC